AAUGAGUCGCUUUAGCAAAAUCCGGAUAAUAAUGUUAGUGCACCUUUUCAGCAGUUAAAUGUGAUAUAUGAACCGUUUCGGGGAAUGGGUCAGAAGCAUCCCUUCAACAAAUGGGUGCACGCACUCCGACAAACGAGUCAGGAAAGAUAUCUAUGAGUCGGAUAAUGUUUCGAGGAUUACCCGAUUAUCCGGAUCCGGACUUGGCCCACCUCUUCCUAUAGAAUAAUUAUACACGGCAUGGCAUGUCAGCGGUCAGCGGUUAACAACUUUACUGUUUACACGAGUUCUUGUCUGCCAGCAGUCGGAGCUGCAUGACUGCUCACGUCAUUGCUGUUGUGCAGAGCUGUUGUGUAGUUCUUUCUAAAUCAUAGUUAUAACUUUGAAGUUGCAACGAUGCUGAGCUACAUCUUUGAGCUAGAGGACACGGGGGCGGACAUAUUGGCUGCCGUGGUGCUGGGAACUCUGGUCAAGGCCGUGGGCUUGUUGUUUGUCAGCAGGGCCCGGAAACAACGGUUUGUACAGGUGGGCACAGUGUCCGAGUUGUACAUCUAUCCAGUCAAGUCAUGUGGAGCCCUGACCGUGACCAAGGCCAUGUGUACGUCUGUGGGUCUGUCCAGCGACGGUCUGACUGAUCGACAUUGGAUGAUUCUGGACAAGAACAAACAGGUGAUCACCAUGAAGGAAGCACCGUCGCUGACCACUGUUACCUGCUCCGCUCAAGGAGACAUACUGCGACUUCAUGCUCCACAAACACGCGACCUUGAUCUGCCGAUGAGGCCUAAAGUUAAAGGAACAAAAGUUCAAAUAAAAAAUUUUGAGGGGCAGAACAUCCCGAUGAUUGACUGUGGGGAGGAAGCAGAAAAGUGGAUCUCUGACUUUGUGGGUCGUCCUGCCAAUAUUUUCUUUUCCUGCCCUGAACUUGGUUUAAGGGACUCGUAUGAGCGGAAGAGGAAAUGGGAUAACACUGCCCGUGAAGGAGAUGUGACUGUGUUCUCCUACCUGACGUCGUACCUGAUCUCCUCGACGGCUUCCCUGGGACACAUCAACUCGCAGCUGGACGCACCUGUUGCCUCAGUCAACUUCAGGCCCAGCAUUGUCGUAGACAACAGCGUGCCUUUUGACGAGGAUAAUUGGAAAGAGCUCAAAAUCGGAGAGAAUGUUCUGUUUCAUGCAGUAGAGCCAUGCAGACGUUGUAUCAUUACCACCAUUGAUCCUAAGACUGGACAGAAGAGGAAGGACAUGCAGCCCCUAAAACUGCUUAGAUCGUUUCGCUGUCGUGAGCCGUACGGAAAUUCCCCAAUCUAUGGAAACUACAUGUCUAACGAUAUGUCGGGUGACGUCUCUGUCGGGGAUCCUGUUUUUGUUAUCAGAGAUGAUUAAAUGACAAAUAUACUUUUGAGUUUCUGCAUUGUUUUUUCCACAAAAGAACAAUUGCUAUGACCACACAAAAAAGAGAGACAAUGCGACAAACUGUGCAAGACCUGAUGUCUAGGCAGAGAGAGAAACUGACUGUCUGACAUUUAGGUCAGAGCGAGCCGCAGGAAAAAAAAAUCAAAACUUUUUUAUUCAGAUACAUUCAUAAAAUAUCAUUUUCUUAUGACUUUUGACUUGUUUUUUGAGGACAUUUCAAAUAUUUUCCUUUUGGAGAUUCCAUUUAAUACAGCUGAUGAUGAUUCAUGUUUAUACUUUAUUCUGGUCUAAUCAUGAUCUCUUUUUACUUUUUAUUUGGAAAAAGAGUCCUCAUGUUGUUGAGAUAUAUACCUGGUAUUGCUAAGCAAUAUAUAUAUUUGAAAGUAAUACAACUGUAUACUGUGAUGCUGUGACAUUAUGGGACCGGCAUUAUUGUGAUAUGAUUCUUGUUUAAAUCCCUUACCAAAGUUUGCCAUUGGACUUUUUUGUAGUGACUGGUGUGUCCUUGAUGCUAGGUGAGGCAGGUAUCUGUCUUGCUGACUGCAACUAAAGGAAAUUCACUUGCUCGCUGUGCUGUAAAGUCAAUGUUGUCUGAAGUCCCGAUACUGCUUUCAUCAAAUUUGUUACAUUAUUAAAAAAUUAUAAAUUUGAA